AUGGCCAACAGCGGAAUGACCGAGACGCAAAUGGACGAAAAGGCCAUCGAGCAUGCAAAGACUCGGUCCAACGUGCCAUGGUGCGAUGACUACAAAAAGAUGAUCUCGGGCAUGCGGUACGACGCGCAGGUCCCUGAGCUCGCCGAAGGACGCUUCGAGGCCCGGAAGCUCAUGAGAAAGUACAACACGCAUUUCCCCGACGACGCGACGUUGGAGUCGCUCACGGCCGAUCGCGAGGAGAUGCUCCGGCAAUCGUUUGGCAGAGUCGGCAAGAGCCCCUUUAUCGAACCGCCGCUGAACUUUGACUACGGCUGCAACAUUGCCAUUGGCGACAAUUUUUACUCCAACUUCAACCUCGUCAUCCUCGACUGCGGCAUGGUCACGAUUGGCAACCGUGUCCAGUUCGGACCCUUUGUUUCCAUCUUUGCCGCCACGCACCCGACGGACGUCCAGGCACGGCGCGACGGCGCCGAGCAUGCGGGGACGGUCAACAUUGGCGACGACUGCUGGAUCGGCGGGAACACGACCAUCAUGCCGGGCGUCACCAUCGGCAAGGGCUGCACCAUCGGCGCCGGAAGCAUCGUGACCCGGUCGAUCCCCGACUUUACCGUCGCCAUCGGCUCGCCGGCCAAGGUGGUCAAGACGGUGGAAGCCGUACCGGAUAAAUGA